GGUGCCGGUGCCGCGGGAGAGCUGGAUGGCGGCGGCGGCUGGGACGGGGCGCAGAGGCAUGGCCCAGAAAUACGACGUGAUCGUGGUCGGGGGCGGCAUCUCAGGUUUGUCAGCUGCCAAAUUGCUGUCUGAGUCUGGGGUCAGUGUGGUGGUUCUUGAGGCCCGGAACAGAGUUGGGGGAAGGACAUACACCAUCAGGAAUGAUAAGGUUAAUUACGUAGAUGUUGGUGGAGCGUAUGUGGGACCUACCCAAAACCGGAUUCUCCGCUUGGCUAAAGAGCUGGGUAUUGAGACCUAUAAAGUGAAUGUUGAUGGGUAUAUGGUCCACUACAAAUCGGGGAAGUCAAGCUAUAUGACAGAUAUUUUCCCUUCAACAUGGAAUCCCUUCAUUUAUCUGGAUUACAAUAACUUCUGGAGGACCAUGGACAAGAUGGGAAAGGAGAUUCCUCCUGAAGCGCCAUGGAAUGCUCCACAUGCUGAAGAAUGGGACAAAAUGACCAUGCAAGAGUUGAUAAAUAAGAUUUGCUGGAGCAAAGCUGUUAGAGAAUAUGCCACCUUGUUUGUGAAUAUCAACGUCACAUCUGAGCCUCAUGAAGUCUCCGCUCUCUGGUUCCUGUGGUAUGUGAGGCAGUGUGGGGGCACUGACAGGAUAUUCUCCAUCACCAAUGGGGGCCAGGAGAGGAAGUUUAAAGGGGGUUCUGGUCAGAUAUCGGAGAAAAUAAUGGAACGCCUCAAAGACAGAGUUAAACUAGAGAGACCUGUGGUCUGUAUUGAUCAGACAGGUGAUAAUGUCAUUGUGGAGACUCUAAACCAUGAGAUGUAUGAGGGCAAGUAUGUGAUCAGUGCUAUCCCCCCCAUCCUGACAACGAAGAUUCAUUACAAACCAGAACUGCCACCAAGGAGAAAUGAGUUAAUUCAGCGUUUGCCCAUGGGCUGUGUCAUAAAAUGCAUGGUGUACUACAAGGAAGCCUUCUGGGAGAGGAAGGGUUAUUGUGGUUGCUUUGUCCUUGAGGAUGAAGAUUCUCCAAUUGGAAUAACCUUAGAUGACACAAAACCUGAUGGAUCUUUCCCUGCAAUUAUGGGUUUCAUCCUUGCCAGAAAGGCUGUUAAGCUGGCCCAUCUCACUAAGGAAGAGAGGAAGAAGAAGAUCUGUGAGAGUUAUGCCAAGGCAAUGGGAAUGGAAGAAGCUUUACAUCCUGUACAUUAUGAAGAAAAGAACUGGAACAUGGAGCAAUAUUCAGGGGGUUGUUACACUGCCUACUAUCCACCAGGCAUAAUGCAUUCUUAUGGAAGGACCAUUCGCCAGCCCGUUGGCAGAAUCUACUUUGCUGGCACGGAGACAGCUACCCAAUGGAGUGGAUACAUGGAGGGGGCUGUGGAGGCAGGAGAGAGAGCAGCCAGAGAGGUAUUGCACCAUAUGGGGAAGAUCUCAGAGACUGAAAUUUGGAUGCCAGAGCCAGAGUCAAAGGAUGUUCCAGCCAAACCAUUCCCCACCAGCUUCUGGGAGAGAAACCUGCCAUCUGUGCCAGGGCUGCUGUGCCUGCUUAGCUGUACCAUGUGUGUCACCUCUGUGGCUGCCGUGGGGCUGUUUGCUUAUAAAAAGGGACUACUAAUUCGGAACUAAUUCGGAGACCACAUGUCCAGGUGAAGCUGAAUCUUC